AAUCGUUUUAUGAAGUUGAUGAAGCCAGCAUGUCAACAAAGUUAGAAAUAAAUUUUAAUCGGCUUUUAAACCGAUGUGAAACGAUAGCAAGCAGUCGAGAAACAUGGGACUGGAGGCUGGAAAAGUAUGUUGAGGCCCUUCAGGAACAGCUUGGUGAUUUGAAACGCUCCACAAGCAAACCAGCACAAGAAGUGAUUAUAGAAUACACAAGAAGGGUAGACUUCCUUAAAGGUCUGCUCGAAGCAGAACAGAAGCAAACAACAAGUGAGAAAGCCAUUGCCACAGAGAGACUGGCCCCAGUGAUCCUUACACAGAAGAGUACUGGUGUAGCACCGAAGGAAGUACAUCUCCAAGCUAAAUCAAGAUUGCAGAAAGAUUUACGAUCAGAACUGCUGGGUGGAGACACAAACAGCAACAAUAUAGACUCAACUAACAAUGGUGUUAGACAAAGACGUACACAAGAAGAAGGCGAUAUAGAUGCUGUGUUAAAGCAUCAACGUAAAGUACAGGAGAGGUUAGCGGAAGAAUUGCUCAGCCAUACUCUCAACUUGAAGGAGUUUGCAGUUGCUUCAAGUUCUAUUGUGAAAAAGGACAUAGAGAAAAUCUCUGACACAACAAAGUUAGCAGACAAAAAUUACACCAAUCUACACAAGGAGAGUCAGCGACUGGAAGCAAAGACAAAGUCAUGUAGUUGGUGGAUAUGGAUUAUGCUUGUACUAGUGACCUUGACCUUUCUCUGGAUGGUUGUCUUGAUGAGAAUGUUUCCAAAAUCAUGAUGUGAUCUGUACUGUGGUCUGUUGAUGACAUAGUGAUAAUAAUAUAUUUAUUGAGGGUGGAGGAGUGAAUUUAGCUAUAUGGCAAUUUUUCAUCAUAAAAUGGAGUAUUGCUUCCAGCUUGUUAUAGUACAGUGCAGAAAGGAUAAUGUUUCCAAGAUCAUGAUGCAGACUACACUGUGUUAUACCAGUGACAUUGUGAGAAUUGUUAUUUAUUUGAGGUGAAGGAGAGAAUUUUCGUUAAUGGUAUAAAAUUGAUAGUGCUGUUCCCAGCUAAGUUCAGACAUGGAAAUGAAAUAAUCAGCUAAAAGGCUUUAUUGUUUUACAAAAAAUCAAGAAAUAUGUUUUCUAUUUGGUUUAUAAAACUAAAAUUGAGAACCAGUCUCAAAACUCAGGCAUCUGAUUGGUGGUUUUUAGCUCGACUAUUCGAAGAAUAGUCUAGCUAUUCUACUCACCCUGGCGUCGGCGUCGGCGUCGGCGUCACACCUUGGUUAAGUUUUUGCAUGCAAGUACAUACAGCUAUCAUUUAAAGGCAUAUAGCUUUGAAACUUAUUUAUUCUUUUUCUAGGUCAAUUACCAACCUCACUGGGUCAAGUUCCAUAACUCUAACAUGUAUUUUGAGCAAAUUAUGCCCCCUUUUGGACUUAGAAAAUUCUGGUUAAAGUUUUACAUGCAAGUUACUAUCUCCAAAACUAAUGCAGAUAUUGAAUUGAAACUUCACAUGUGUCUUCGGGGUUAUAAAACUAGUUGAUAGCACCAAGUCCCAUAACUCUGACCUUCAUUUUGGCCAAAUUAUGCCCCCUUUUGGACUUAGAAAAUUCUGGUUAAAGUUUUGCGUGCAAGUACAUACAGCUAUUACUAAAAGGCAUAUAGAUUUGAAACUUAUUUUUUCUUUUUCUAGAUCAAUUACCUACCUCACUGGGUCAAGUCCCAUAACUCUGGCAUGUAUUUUGGCCAAAUUAUGCCCCCUUUUGGACUUAGAAAAUUCUGGUUAAAGUUUUGCGUGCAAGUACAUACAGCUAUUACUAAAAGGCAUAUAGAUUUGAAACUUAUUUUUUCUUUUUCUAGAUCAAUUACCUACCUCACUGGGUCAAGUCCCAUAACUCUGGCAUGUAUUUUGGCCAAAUUAUGCCCCCUUUUGGACUUAGAAAAUUCUGGUUAAAGUUUUGCGUGCAAGUACAUACAGCUAUUACUAAAAGGCAUAUAGAUUUGGAACUUAUUUAUUCUUUUUCUAGAUCAAUUACCUACCUCACUGGGUCAAGUUCCAUAACUCUUAACAUGUAUUUUGAGCAAAUUAUGCCCCCUUUUGGACUUAGAAAAUUCUGGUUAAAGUUUUACAUGCAAGUUACUGUCCCCAAAACUAAUGCAGAUAUUGAAUUGAAACUUAACAUGUUUCUUCGGGGUUAUAAAACUAGUUGAUAGCAUCAAGUCCCAAAACUCUGAUAUGUCCCCUUUUGAACUUAAAACUCUUUUGAUAUUUAACAUUUUGGGUAAUAAUUUCCAGCUUCUGUGACAAUAUUUCGAAUAGUCGAGCUUGGCUGUCUUAUGGACAGCUCUUGUUGAAUGCAAAUAUUAGAUUGACUAAUGACAAGGCUUCAUUCUUACACUGGUCUCCAAUCCCAGUUUUUAUGCCCCUGGGCAUAUAGCAUGACGAUCCGUCAGUUUGUCCAUCCAUUUGUACAAGAUUUUACUCUUCCACCUACAGCCCACAUUAAUGACCUGAUUUACUUCAUACUGACUCACACCCAUCAAUCUUGUGGCAAGACCUACAAACUGACCUAUAUAUAAACAUUCUCAUCCAUCAGAUGUUCGUCAAAUUCCCGAGACAAACCUCUGAUUUAUUUCUGUCGUUUAUUUGGUGAGCAUGCGCACUCGUAAUUACUACCGGGAGAAGUUUCAGCCAAUCAAUGUUCGCCACUAUUUGGCACGCCAAAUUGAAAUUUCAAACAAUAUGUAAGCAAGGUAGUUGCUAACGAUGGAUAAAGGCGAUAUUCCAUGAUUGCGAUUAAUAAAGAUUUAUUUCUGUUAUUCGAUGUUGAGAAAUUUACCUGAAGAAAUAAUAAUAUUCCUCGUAAGUCGGCAUCGAUAUGAAAGGACGCGGUCACGCUUUUCACGGACGAUUUUGAUUGGUUCGCUACAUUUUGUCGCGAAACGACGCUGAUUGGCUGAAACGUUUUACCUGUAAUGUAACCAAAACACAAAUAUUGGCGAAAUGUGCCAGAGGUUCAUCCGGGGAACCACGGUAGACCUCUGGUAUGCGAGAAUGAUAUAUAAAUGAUAUUGAACCUCAUAAUUAUGACCUUCACCUCCAAACCUAAAACCUUAAUAAACAACAUUGCUAAUCCUACAGCCCACAUAAAUGACCCAGUUUAGUUCAUACUCAACAAACAUUGUGGCAAGACCUACAAACUGACCUAUAAAUAGAUAACCUUGACCUUCACUUUUAAACUGGGCAUAUAGUGAUUGAAUUUCAUACUCGCACUCAACAAACCUCAAAUGAACCUCUACGUGAAUGACCUUGACCCUCAUAUGACCAACUUUAAAUUAUAAUAAACAACAUUUUUGGUCCUACAGCCCAGAUAAAUGACCUAAUUUAGUUCAUACUUACUCAAUAAACAUUGUGGCCAGACCUACAAACUGACCUAUAUGUAGAUUACUUUGAUUUUUCAUGCUAUCUACACCUUUAAACUUAAAACCUAAAAGGACAUCUGGAAGCACCCAUGGAUGUGAUUUUGAGUUUGUAAAAUGCAGCUCCCUUGUUCUAACCUUUUGUUUAGUCUGGACACAAUUUAGGAAUUAACCAAUGGAAAGCUUGUAUUUGGAGACAGGUUAUCAACCACAGUUGACAAGAUUUUAGCCACAUUACCUUUUAACAGACACAAAUGCUUAAGGAAAGUUGAUCUUUCCUGCGGUUUAUGCUCUUUGUUUGCAAUAGCUUGAGGCCUUGUUAACCAUGAUUUGUAGUGAAAGUAGGUAAAAUGUUGUGCCUUUUGAAAAAAGAUUAUAGUUUCUUGGUUGUUAUACAGUAACAUGUGCUUAUGUUCAUAAAUGUGAAUAUCUAGUCAGCCUACCUCAGACUUUUGGUCCUGGUAUACUAUACUGUCUUAUCAUUUGAAUGUUUCUUUUUAAAUACAUGUAAAUUUUUUGCUGCAUUAAUAUGAUUAGCUAACUAUUAAAGUUUUUCUGUAUACAGUACUUUUAGGGUCACCAAUGGACGAUUCAUGUGAAUUGUUUUUAGCUCGACUAUUCGAAGAAUAGUCUAGCUAUUCUACUCACCCUGGCGUCGGCGUCGGCGUCACACCUUGGUUAAGUUUUUGCUUGCAAGUACAUACAGCCAUCAAUGAAAGGCAUAUAGCUUUGAAACUUAUUUCUUCUUUUUCUAGGUCAAUUACCAACCUCUCUGGGUCAAGUCCCAUAACUCUGACAUGUAUUUUGAGCAAAUUAUGCCCCCUUUUGGACUUAGAAAAUUUUGGUUAAAGUUUUACAUGCAAGUUACUAUCUCCAAAACUAAUGCAGAUAUUGAUUUGAAACUUCACAUGUGUCUUCGGGGUUAUAAAACUAGUUGAUAGCAGCAAGUCCCAUAACUCUGACUUUCAUUUUGGCCAAAUUAUGCCCCCUUUUGGACUUAGAAAAUUCUGGUUAAAGUUUUGCGUGCAAGUACAUACAACUAUUUCUAAAUUGCAUAUAGAUUUGAAACUUAUUUUUUCUUUUUCUAGAUCAAUUACCAACCUCACUGGGUCAAGACCCAUAACUCUGACAUGUAUUUUGAGCAAAUUAUGCCCCCUUUUAGACUUAGAAAAUUUUGGUUAAAGUUUUACAUGCAAGUUACUGUCUCCAAAACUAAUGCAGAUAUUGAUUUGAAACUUCACAUUUAUCUUCGGGGUUAUAAAACUAGUUGAUAGCAGCAAGUUCCAUGCAGGCUGAUCUUGGUCUGCACUGUUCGCUGUUCAGUUAGUAAAUUUUCAGUGAACACCCCUUCAAAUAAUAAAUGGUAUUGCCCAAAUUAAAUGAUGGACCAGUCCAUCUUAGAAAUUUAGCAGGGUAAAGAUUAAUUAAAGAUAGGAUUAAGAUUGAUCACAUGUAAUCAAGAGGUUUAAUAAGAAAUCUAGGUUAACAUAGAGAGAAAUCUUCACAUCAUUAUUCAAAAUGUUUCAUAUGCUGUUAAUGUUUUAUGAUCAACUGAUUGUAUUUUGUUACCUGCUAAAAGAAAAAUUAAUUAAAAAAGUUUUACCAUAA